CGUUUGUCUUCUCUGGUGAUCGAAAACUCAGGCCUCAACUCCGUCUUCUCCGGCAAGCAAAAAUCGAGAGCAUCAAACGUAAAAUAGAAAGACAAACGGGUAAUCAAACAAUUCUGUCUCAAAAAAUGGCCUUGCAGAAAAGCUCCUCCUCCUCCUUCCUACUCCCCCUCUGCCUCCUCCUUGUGCUGCAGUUGCUUCUAUGGCUGACAAAAACAUCGGCGCAAUCUCAUGCGAGGUCUGGUUGUCAAGAAUACUGCGGAGAUGUUAGAAUUCCAUAUCCUUUUGGAAUAGGUCCCAACUGUUACUUAGAUGAAUGGUUCUCCAUAAGGUGCAAGAGGUCAAGCAGCAACGACAUCGGAUUCGCACCUUACUUAAUAAAGAUCGAUCUUGAGGUGCUGGAAAUUUCAUUGAAUGGAAACUGCCUUCGAGUCAACAAUCUAGUAACAUCUCCCAACUGCCACAUCAACAACAACAGCAGCAACAACCUCAACCUCAACCCCAACAACGCAAGCUCGAUUUUAAGCAUUGACUUGAGAUCUAGCCCUUUUCGCUUCUCAGAAAUAAACAACGUAUUCACGGCCACGGGCAUGAAUUGCAGCAACCAGGGGGCCAUAUCACACAACUUCUCCGGUGUGCAAACUCAUGUCCCUUCUGUUCUCAAUUGGGUUGUACACAAUAUCGCACAACUUCGAUUGGUUCCCGACAACAAUAAAAAUAGCUACUCCUGUCUUCAGGGGUCGUUGGCUUAUUCUUCUAUCCCAAUUGGGUCGGACAUGCAUGAUUCUUCAUUGCUCGACAAGUGUGUUGUUGUUCAAACCCUCCAGUGCGUUUGCAAUUUCCCCUUCUAUGGAAAUCCUUAUUUUUCCAAUGGAUGUGUAGAUACGUCCAUUAAACCUCCUAAGCCAAAUGCGAGGACUAUCUUUAGUCUUUUUAUUGUUUCUUGGUGGGUGUACAAAAUAAUGGAGAAAAUAAUGAAGAAAAUAAAUGAUGAGCAACGCGAAAUAAAUGACAAGCAACGCAAGGAAAAUUUCUUCAAGCGAAAUGGUGGUUUCUUGCUACAACACAAGUUAUCUUCAAGUGAUGGCAGUGAAAAAAUCAAAUUGUUUAAUUCGAAGGAGUUGGAGAAAGCCACCGAUCAUUACCAUGAAGAUCGUAUUCUCGGCCAAGGAGGCCAAGGUACUGUUUACAAAGGCAUGUUGUCAGAUGGAAGAAUCAUAGCUGUUAAAAAGUCUAAGGUUGUCGCCAAGGGACAAGUUGAGCAAUUCAUCAAUGAAGUCGUCAUUCUUUCACAAAUUGUCCAUAGGAAUAUAGUCAAGCUCUUAGGUUGUUGUUUAGAGACAGAAGUUCCAAUGCUAAUAUAUGAGUUCAUUCCAAAUGGAACACUCUCUCAACAUAUUCAUGAUCCAAACGAGGAGUUCCCACUUUCAUGGGAGAUGCGCUUUCGGAUUGCCAUAGAAGUUGCUGGAGCUCUUUCCUACUUACAUUAUGCAGCUUCCAUACCCAUAUAUCAUCGAGACAUGAAGUCAACCAACAUACUCUUGGAUGAUAAAUAUAAAGCAAAAGUUUCUGAUUUUGGAACUUCAACAUCGAUUGAUGUUGAUAAUACUCAUUUGACCACACGAGUACAGGGGACAUUUGGGUACUUUGAUCCAGAGUACUUUCGAUCGAACCAAUUUACUGAUAAAAGUGAUGUUUAUAGUUUCGGAGUUGUUAUUGUUGAGCUUUUAACUGGGCAAAAACCAAUCUUUUCCACUAGAUCCGAAGAAAGCAAGAGUUUAGUCACACAUUUUAUGGAAUCAAUGGAGGAAAAUUGUCUACUUGAGAUUCUUGAUCCACGGAUUCUCAAGGAGGGUCGGAGAGAAGAGAUGAUUGCUGUUGCUCACCUCGCAAGAAGAUGCCUAAACUUGAAUGGAAAGAAAAGGCCUACAAUGAAAGAUGUAGCAGUUGAGUUGGAAGGAAUUAGAAUGUCACAAGGAAGUUCAACCAUUCACCAACACUAUAAGAAGUUGAAUACAGUACAACUGAUUUGACUGAGAGGCUUUGGAUGUUGCUUCAACCUGAAUAGGUGCAUUUUUAGAUAGUGGGAGUGGCACAGCUUUAUCGUUUGAUGUCCGACCACUUUUGCAUACUAUGUAGUUGGUAUAAACUAUACAUAUAAUGCUUGUCCAUGCUAGAUAUUUACCAUAAAGCUUUGUUAUUCAAAUGUUAAUUAUGUACUAGUAUGUAACGUUACAAACAUAUGUACUAAUUACUUAUGCUUUGGAUUGGCAAUAAUAGUAGUUUUCUACACCAUAUUUUCUAUUGA